CUUUUUCAAAUCAACAAAAUUUUAAAUAGUGAUAAGUUUUUUAGGAAAAUCUUUCGGAAAACAAGAUAUAAAAUGUUUAAAAUACGAAAUAUAUCGUUUCUUAAAUUUAGCAAAGACUUGAUUAGCCCGCGCCUACUUGCUGAUUCGGCUAAAAAAGGCGAUUCAAAGAGCGAGUCCUGUAAGGAGGAGUCUAAGAAAAAAAAAAAGAAGAACUUGGAUUUAUGUGGAAGACCUAAACUUCCCACCAAACCGAAGUGCAAGAAUCCACCUGGCGGUGGUUCAGAUGAUAAAUCUGGAGACAAAUGUAAGAAAAACUGAAAGAGGUUCCUAAGUUGCUACAUCAAGAAG